AUGCGACUUCCAUUCUCCUGCGCAUUGAUAUCAGCUUUCGCCGGCAUCGCUGCCGCCGCGCUGCCGAGCUCGCUGCACAUGCUCGAGAGCCUGAUGGCGCGCGACCAAGGCGUCACCUCGUCCGGCGCCGUGACCAGCACCCUCGAGAGCGGCCUCCUCGCCAUUGCCCUCGCAUCGGCCGUCUCCCAGUACCCCGAUGCCCCCUCCACCUCGAAAUACACCGACUACCUCGCCAAGGUGCUCGCGGCCGUGGCCCCCGACCUCCGCGACGCCACGCGCGACGCCACCAAGCCCCUCGAUCGCUUCUCCAUACACACCGGCAUCGACGGCGCCCGCGCCGUCCACGCCCCGAUCAACGACGACGGGGCCGCGGCGAGCGCCAUUGGCGCCGCCUACGACGCCAUCAAUGCCUCACUCGCGCUGCAGACUCGCAACCCGGACGGCGGCCUCUGGUACUAUGUCUACCCGGAGUGGAGCUACCUCGACGGCCUCUUCUCGCUGCUGCCGUUCAUGGCGUCCGCGGUGGCGCCCAACUACACGGACAUGGCGCUGCAGGUGCGACUCCUCGCCGAGCACUGCUACGACAGCCCGUCGGGGCUCUACCUCCACGGCUACGACUGGUCGCGCAAGGCUGUCUGGGCCAAUGCAGAGACGGGCGCGAGCCCGUACGUCUGGGGCCGCUCGCUGGGGUGGUUCCUCGCAGGGCUCGUGCAGACGUGGGAGACUAUGGACUGCGCCAGCGACAGGAAGAAUAGUGAUGGCGAGCGCGAUGCGCUCUGUGCCGAGAUGAAGCGCAUCGUGGGCGGUACCGCGCCGCGUCUGGUGUCCUACGCGGACAGCGCGACGGGCGCUUGGUGGCAGCUGCCCACCCUGGGAUCCCGCUCGGGCAACUUUCUCGAGAGCUCCAGCACUGCGCUCUUUAUCUUUUCGCUCCUCAAGGCCCAGCGUCUCGACCUCCUGGCCGGGGCGGGGAGUGCGCAGUGCUGCGGUGAUGGCUGCGGCGACGGCGACAAGAUCCAAAAGGCGGCGCUGCGGGCGUAUGACUACGCAAAGACUAAUUUCGUGACGGAGUCCGGCAACGGCACGAUUGGGUUCGACAAGACCGUGGCCGUCUGCAGCUUAAACUCGACGGCUACGUUUGAGUACUACACGUCCCGGCCGCUGGUGCCCAAUGGAUUGCUCGGCGAAGCGGCCUUCGUGCUUGCUUCGCUCGAGGUCGAGAAGCUGGCUGCAUAA